CAUUAGCAACAUGUCUGGUCGCGGCAAGGGCGGGAAGGGCCUGGGCAAGGGCGGCGCCAAGCGGCACCGCAAGGUCCUGCGCGACAACAUCCAGGGCAUCACCAAGCCCGCCAUCCGGCGCCUGGCCCGCCGCGGCGGCGUCAAGCGCAUCUCGGGCCUCAUCUACGAGGAGACCCGCGGCGUGCUGAAGGUCUUCCUGGAGAACGUGAUCCGCGACGCCGUCACGUACACGGAGCACGCCAAGCGCAAGACGGUCACGGCCAUGGACGUGGUGUACGCGCUCAAGCGCCAGGGCCGCACGCUCUACGGCUUCGGCGGCUGAGGACCCCGCGCCCGCCCCCACCACCAACAAAGGCCCUUUUCAGGGCUGUACCAUUUUCAUUUGAGUAGCUGCGUCACUUUACAACUGGUGAUUAGUAACAUUUACAAUUUUUUGCGCAGGGUUUUCCGUUAGUCGUCUCUAGUAUAUUAAGUUACCGUCUGUGUUGUAUCCCUGCAAAUUCAUGACUCUUGAGGUCACAAGGUGAAUAUAACUGGAGCCUUUAUUUUCUAAUCUAGGGGAUACCUUGCUCCUGGUGUUGUAAUGGUUGAUUUUCAGAAUUAUUGCCCACCCAAGAAUUGACUUGAUACUCCCUUGUUCCUUAAGGUCUCAAGUUCAUGUAUCUGAAAAUCUCAGAAAUUAUCUGAUCCGGCGAGAAAAAAGGGGGAAUGGGGUAGUUGUCAAGAAGUGCACACCAGUGACUGCACAGUGAACAGGGAAUGAGGUGAGAGCAGAUCGUCCAGAUCUGAAGCUCUUAGGAAGUCCUGGUGCCUCUUAAAGAACAACAACAAAAAAAUGCAAAGAUGAUAGUCGGGUACUGAGAUCUAGAUACAGUCGCAAAUGCUGAUAGACAAAGAGAACAUUAGCCAACUUCCUACUUGACCGUUUUGAUGGACUUGGUGUGCCAUUGGAAAUGGAGUCGGAAUGUAAUCCGGAAAAUC